AUGCAUUUUGUCAAACCUGGAAAUUGGUUUUUCAUUUUGCCCUGGAUUGCCUUCAUUCCUUGGUACGGUAUGUUAAUUGCUAUGCUUAUAUGUUGGGGUGUUCAAGGUCGUCCCAUUUACGAUUUUAUGGAUAAUUACAUGAAUCCAGUUUACAUAUCAGAUAUUGGUGCAACUAAUCUACGACCUUUAUUUAUUGCUUGUUCAGCAUGGCAAGGUAUAGGGUAUUGUUUAUCCGUACUUUCAGAAUAUUAUCAACGUGGUGGUGAUAUUUGGUUAAUUAGACCAAAGGGCCAAAAAAGAAAUUAUUAUAUGUCUCCUUGGUACACAAUUCAUGAACGUAAUUUAAUAUUUGCAGCAUGUUUCCUUGGUAUGAUUGGUGAAUUAGGUUUAUUCUUUUGCACAAUUUUUUCAACAAAAAAUUAUCCUCAUGUUCAUAUCUCGAUGGUUUGCGUCUUUGUUGUAUUAUUAUUCUUUUCAGUUUGUUGUUUAUCCGCUCAAAAUUUAAUUAUGGGGAAACAUUACGCUCUUUUACAUCCUUUAGCAAAUUUAUCUACUGAUAUUAAAUAUGAAGAUUUGCGUUGGAAUCAGUGGCAAGGUUAUAUUUGGAAUAAACAUACAAUCACAGCAAUUUUUAAAAUUAUUUGGUUAAUUUUAGCUGUUGUUUGGGCAAUUUGUUUUGGUGCAAUUGAUAAUGAUUCAAGAAGUGCAGAUUUCGAAUGGUUAUUGGCAUUUUGGUUUGGUUUCUUAUUUAUCAUUAUUUCUGUGGAUUUUUAUAUCGGUAGUAGAUAUAAAGUUUCAAAAUAUUUUAAUCAAAUUGAUUCUUUUGAAGGUUUUUAUAAAUUUGAAGAAAUGUUUAAUUCAAGAAAUGUUUCAAGUGAUGAUUUUAAUAGCAUCGAACCAAAAGAAACUGAAGAUGAUCAAUUGACUGCAUAA